AUGGGCAUUAAAGAUUUUGAUUUUUCAAUGGGCUUAGAUUUCUCUUAUUCUUUAAUCUCCUUUUUGCUAUCCAUAAAUUAAUAUAUUUAUAUGAGUCGUAUUUUAAAGAAUAGUGUAAUCUCUCCUAUGUUUAAACGCAAAGAGACAUUGACAUUCAAUCAUAGGGAUCAAACUAGGAGAUCAACCAAGCGAUUUCACUCUGUUGUUCCAGUAAGGAAAUUGGUAUCCUAAUCAACUCCACAUAUAAAUUUGACCCAUUAAGGAGAAUCAGGUUUUGAAAGAAAUCUAAAGGAAAAAUAAAAAACAACCAUCAUCCCUGGAACAUAACUCAAAAAUGAUCAUGGUUUAUAAGAUUAUUUAGAUCAUUUAAAUUCUGUGAGAAUUUUCAGGUCUCCCAUGGAAGAUGAUGCGACAAUCAAAAAAAUUAAAGAGGAAGUGCAGCUAUUUUAAACUGAGAGUCAAACUACAUUACAAAGAUUCAAGUCUUUAAAGGAAUAAGGAGAGAAGCGUAAGAAGGUUAGUUUGCUAGAAACUGUCCGUAACCCCUUAGCCUAAUAAUAUAAAAAGUUUACUGAAUAAGUAUAUAAUCUGAUUCAUCAUCUCCAUUUAUUGAAAGUACAAAUUGAUUUUGAGUUAGGAUUAUUUGAACAAUUCAAGAAAAUUGUUUCAAGUUGUAAAAAAUUUGAUUGGAAUGAGGAAAAAUCUUUAUCCAAUCUUAAUAAACCCUCAAACAGAGGAAUUAUAUGAAUUCUCAGAGAUUUCCCGUCUUUGCUGUAUAAGAGAUGUUUAAUUUAUUAAUGGUGAAUAGCGAGUGAUUGAGAGAUUUGAUUUAUCCUUGAUGGAUGAUUUAAUUUAUAUGACAGAUUCAAUAAAACACUUGUUACAAUAAAAUUAGUUGAAAGCCAUAGAAAGGAUGCGUGAUAAUGUAUAAAUAUAUAUUAAAGUAAAAGAUCAAGGUUGAAAGAUAUGAAAUAAAUAAACUUAGAGGUUAAUUAGGAAUGAAGGAGGAACAUCAUAAAUUAUCAAUAGGAACUUCAGCCAUGCAGAGAUUUAAACCUCAUUUGGAAUUGGAAAGCAUUGAAUCUAAAUUAGGUUUGCUAAAUUAAAUUCCCAAGUAAGCUAGAUGGACAUCUUAAUUGCUCUAAGAUAUUCUAGAUAGAUUAAAUGAAUGA